GGGGUGAGUUACUGAGUGGGACAGGAAAUGAGGGAGAAACCCAACUCGUUCAUUCAACUUUUUAGGUCAAGCUGUGUAUUUUAAGGUUUAAAAAGCACUGUUGACUGUAGCUGUAAGGCGAGCAGUUGGUGGGGAGUGAGGUCGGGAAGAAAGCCGAGCUCUGGGGUUUGGCUGAUUGGGGGAAAGGAAAGGGAAGAGAGGAAAAAGAGAAGAAAUUGGAGGAAGAAGAAGAGUUUUGGUGGUGGCUGGCUGACGGUGGACGGCGGUGGUGGUAUAGAUCUGAAGACCGCCGGAGGAAAAUUUCUUUCUUUUUCUUUCCCUUUCUCUUUCAAUCGGGUCUUAUCAUUCUAUCAUGAUCUGAUUGACCAUUUCUCUUUCUCUCUCUGUCAAUCCCACUCACUAUAAUUACCCCGAAAAGUCGCUAAACCACAAACUGAAGAAUGCCUUCUAGGCCUUACUUCCACAAGAUAAUUCUCCCCAGAACCCUUCAGGACAGGAAGCUGCUGCAUGCAGAGGAUCCCAGAUAACUUUAUCAAGAAAUUUGCAAAUGACCUCACUCCACUUGUCAGGCUGACUGUUCCGGAUGGUCAUGUGUGGCGUAUAGGAAUAGUAAAAGCUGAUGAUAAGUUUUGGUUUCACGAUGGGUGGCAUGAUUUUGUCGAGAGUUACAAGAUUCGUGUUGGCUACAUGCUGAUUUUCAGAUAUGAAGGAAAUGCAAUCUUCAAUGUUCAUAUAUUCAAUUUGUCUGCUUCUGAGAUAAACUAUCAAACUAACACUCUCAGUGGGAAAAGAUGCCUUCUAUUUGAUGAUUUGGAAGAUGAGGACUCUGCCGAGUACUUGAAUCCCUUGCCGGUCUACCAAGUUCCCUACACAAUGAAAGAAGCAAAUCCGCAUUUGACCAGAGUAACGAAUGUUCCGCAACCAGCAACUCAGCCUGCUAGCGAUGGGAAUCUUCAGUUUAAUGCAUUUGAUCAACGAAAUGCUUCAGAUGCACCACCACCACCACCAGUAAAAGUUCCCAAGAAACGUGGAAGAAAAAGGAUAAAGCCUGAUCCAAAUGCAGAUGAACAACAACAGCCCUCUGCCCUAAAAUCCCAAGAAGAUGGAGAUAUGCGCCUCAGAUUCUAUGAAAGUGCCUCGGCGAGGAAGAGAACUGUGACGGCUGAAGAAAGGGAAAGAGCAAUAAAUGCAGCCAAAACAUUUGAACCAGAAAAUCCUUUCUGCAGGGUUGUGUUGCGACCGUCUUAUUUAUACAGAGGUUGCAUUAUGUAUCUACCAUCCGGCUUUGCGGAGAAGCAUCUCAAUGGAGUUUCGGGAUUCAUCAAGCUUCAGUUUACUGAUGGGAAGCAGUGGCCUGUUCGAUGUCUUUAUAGAGGAGGGAGAGCUAAACUGAGCCAGGGAUGGUACGAGUUCACCUUGGAGAACAACAUAGGGGAAGGAGAUGUGUGCGUCUUUGAGCUGAUGAAAUCGAGGGAUGUUGUGCUGAAAAUAACUGUGUUCCGAGUCACAGACACUGCUGGCAACUAUCUCAACCACCAUCGAUCUGCUCCUGCUCCGUCGAGGCACUAGAACUUAAAGCUGGGGAUCCACAUCAUAGCAUAGAUUAGGAAGGCUGGAACUGGUGAGAACUUCGUCUCUUUCGCGUUGCUGUUGAUGAUCUGUCAUGGAAGUCUCUCUGCUGGCACAUUGCAAUGCUGUUGAUGAUUGUCUAUAAAAAAAAAGAAAACGCAUCUGCAAAUUAGCUGGAAGCUUCUUCAUUUGUUAAUUUAGGGUGCUUUGUGCACGGCAUUUUUUUUUCCGUGGGUUUGAUAGGGCUGUAAAUAGACUGCUCCAAUCAAGAAGGUAUCAAGCUGGACCAGAACCAUCAGAUCUUUGUGUGGCAGCUCUGGUUCCUUUUCAGAUUGCUAUGUUUGAUUCCAAUUCCAUGCUCUUUAGGGUGUAUGCAUGGUUUGUUCGCCAGAUCUUUGUGUUCUGCUUUUCCGGUUUCUACCCUGCUUCUGCGUUGUUCUCUGUCUCGAUGCAUAGAUCAUUGUAAGACUUUCACAGGGAGUCGUGAGUAUUGAACUCACGAUUAGGCGUCCAUUCCAGA